AUGGGCCUGCUUCACGAAAAGAAGAGCCGGUCCAAGAUCAGCAAGGAUCCAAACAACACAAAAUGGACCAGAGACACCACGACCUUUGGCCACAGGAUCCUCCGCUCUCAGGGAUGGCAACCCGGGCAGUACCUGGGGGCGCAGGACGCGGCUCAUUCCACGCUGCACACGGCAGCCAACGCGUCCUACAUUCGGGUCGCCCUCAAGGACGACAUGAAGGGUCUGGGCUUCGACCGGGCCAAGGAGGACGAGGUGACGGGUCUCGGGGUCUUUUCCGAUCUUCUCAGCCGGCUAAACGGCCGGUCGGACGAGUCGAUAGAGAGCGACAAGCUGGCGCGUAUGGUUGUCAAGACGAACCGAUACGUGGAGGCGAAAUGGGGCCCGAUGCGCUUCGUCAAGGGCGGGUUGCUGGUCGGCGACGACAUGCGGCACGAGUCGGCCGAGCCGACGCGUGCUGCUGCCUCCGAGGCCGAAGCCCAGCGGCCGGAUGACGAGAAGCACAGCAGGCCAUCAUCACCCACCGCCGCCAAGAGCAAGAAGCGCAAGAAGCGCAAGGCGGCCGCCGACGACGGGGAGGAAUGCGAACCCGGAUCCAGCGACCAGGCCGCCAAGGAGAAGAAGCGCAGGAAAAAGGACCGGGGGCCCAAGAAACCGGCCGCCGACGGGGCCGAAGACGACGCACCCGAGCAAAAGGCUCGGGCGAAGAGGGCGUCAAGCAAGGACAAGGCGCGAUCCGACCCGGGCUCGGGGCUGGCCGCAGCCCACGGCCGGGCGGAUUCCAAAAGCUCCAAGAAGGGAAAGAAGACGCGCAAGGACUGUGCGGAAGCAGACGCCGUGGACUCGAGCGCCACUACGCCUUCGAUACCAACCUCGGCCACCGCCACGGGAACCUCGACCCCCGCGGGAACAGGGACGUCGACGCCGCUGGGGGGUCGGAACUUUGUGCGGUCACGGUUCAUUGCGCAGAAAAGACAGGCGGUGCUGGAUACCAAGGCUCUGGCUCAGAUUUUCAUGGUGAAGACAUGA